AUGACUUCUGUCAAAGAGCAGGAAGCCAUCAGGAAGCUCAUGGUUUUCUUGCAGGAAUGGGAUAGUGCCCACAAAGUUGCUCGAAGCCGCAUCCUGGACAACUUCAUUAAAAGCAAUGACGGCAAGACAGAACCAGAGCUGGAGCUGGAGUUCUCCCAGGGAGCCAGCUUGUUUCUGGCUCGCCUAACAGCAUGGCUCAGGAUGACCUACAUGUACAGCACAUGCCUCGACAAGCUGCUCAAGUCCAUCCGCAUUUUCCUGUCUGCUGCAAGUGGACGCAGAUACCUUAUUGAAUUUCUGGAGAUCGGAGGUGUCUUGAUUCUCCUGGAAAUACUAGGGCUGAACCACCUGAAAGAAGAGAACAAAAGGGAGUCUGUAAAGCUGCUGCAGCUCGUCGCAGACGCUGGCAGGAAGUAUAAGGAGCUCAUUUGUGAAAGCUACGGGGUGCGAUCCCUCGCCGAGUUCUUGGCCACUUCCAACUCAGCAGAGGCUCAAGAAGAGGUGCAGGUUCUGCUGGACUCUUUGGGCCGCGGCAAUCCCAAGUACCACAACCAAGUCUACAAAGGCCUCAUUGCUGUGCUGCCGUGCACCUCCCCCCGAGCCCAGCAGCUGGCCCUGCAGACGCUGAGGGUCAUGCAGGACGUGGUGGGAGAGGCGCCUUCUGUCCUUGUGGAGCCCGUGCUGGGCGUGCUGUGCUCGGUGUGCCUGGAGGUCCAGUACGAAGCCAUCCAGCUGCUGAAGGCCCUCAUGGCCCACGAGGUCCGGCCGGCCCUGCUGAAGGGCCUGGUUGCGUUACUGACGCCGCCCAGGAAGAAAGCUGUUUCAAAGCAUCAUUCUCACCUUCUUAAUGUUCCUCAUGCAGACCCAGCCACACUUUGCCUGAGGGAGCCCGUGCUGGUGUAUAUUCAGCAGGCAGCUGCCGCAAAAGCCAUUGGCGUAUUAGCCAAGGAGUCAGCAGAAGUGGCUGAAGAGCUGAUCCAGCUGAAAGUGGUACAUGGCCUGAUGGUUGCUGUGGGGAACCUGGAUCAUAUGGCCAGCCAGAGACAUGCCAGCAUCUCCCUGGAGUAUUUUGUCCACACGUUUCCCUUUGUGGAGGAGUGCGUAAAGAAGGCACUAGGACACACACUGUUCCAGCGCUUUAUGGACAGUCCUGAGACCUGGUACACAAAAAUGGAUCCAGUCCAGGCUGAAGAACUGGCCUCCAAUGUAGUAGACAUCCCCAGAGACAUGGCAAGGAUGCAGUCCACAGAGAGAGGCUGCCGUCUCCAUUAA